UUCCUUUGCACUUCUCAGCAAAUCCAGUUUGCAGAUGACAUGCAGGAGUUCACCAAGUUCCCGACAAAGACGGGCCGUCGGUCCUUGUCCCGCUCCAUCUCCCAGUCUUCCACUGACAGCUACAGCUCUGCUGCCUCCUACACGGACAGCUCUGAUGAUGAGGUGUCCCCCCGAGAGAAACAACAAACCAACUCCAAAGGCAGCAGCAAUUUCUGUGUGAAGAACAUCAAGCAGGCAGAGUUUGGGCGCCGGGAGAUCGAGAUUGCUGAACAAGACAUGUCUGCUCUGAUUUCGCUCAGGAAACGAGCUCAAGGGGAGAAGCCUUUGGCUGGAGCUAAAAUCGUGGGCUGUACCCACAUUACAGCGCAGACUGCGGUGCUGAUCGAGACGCUGUGCGCACUGGGAGCGCAGUGCCGCUGGUCUGCCUGUAACAUCUACUCCACUCAGAAUGAAGUGGCGGGUGGCGCCGCAGAUGCUCCUCUUCUUCUAGGUGUUGCCGUAUUUGCCUGGAAGGGGGAGUCGGAGGAUGACUUCUGGUGGUGCAUUGACCGCUGUGUUAAUGUAGAUGGCUGGCAGGCCAACAUGAUCCUGGAUGAUGGUGGGGACCUGACCCAUUGGGUUUAUAAGAAAUACCCCAACGUAUUCAAGAAGAUCCGAGGGAUUGUGGAGGAGAGUGUGACUGGUGUGCACAGGCUGUACCAGCUCUCCAAGGCCGGGAAGCUGUGUGUCCCAGCCAUGAACGUGAACGACUCUGUCACCAAACAGAAAUUCGAUAAUCUAUAUUGCUGCCGGGAAUCCAUCCUGGACGGCCUGAAGAGGACCACGGAUGUGAUGUUUGGAGGGAAGCAAGUGGUGGUUUGUGGUUAUGGGGAGGUCGGCAAGGGAUGCUGCGCCGCUCUGAAAGCCCUGGGAGCCAUAGUCUACGUCACGGAGAUCGACCCCAUCUGCGCUCUCCAAGCUUGCAUGGACGGAUUUCGGGUGGUGAAGCUGAGUGAAGUAAUCCGUCAGGUGGAUGUCGUCAUCACCUGCACAGGAAACAAGAACGUCGUGACCAGAGAACACCUGGAUCGGAUGAAGAACAGCUGCAUUGUGUGCAACAUGGGCCAUUCCAACACCGAGAUCGAUGUGACCAGCCUCCGGACCCCGGAGCUGACCUGGGAGCGGGUUCGCUCCCAAGUGGACCACGUCAUCUGGCCGGAUGGGAAGCGGGUGGUGUUGCUGGCUGAGGGCCGUCUUCUCAACCUGAGCUGCUCCACGGUUCCCACCUUCGUUCUCUCCAUCACNNGAUCUCUGCAGGCUCUGGCUCUGAUUGAGCUCUACAACGCUCCCGAGGGCCGUUACAAACAGGAUGUGUACCUGCUGCCGAAGAAGAUGGACGAGUACGUCGCCAGCUUGCAUCUGCCUUCGUUCGAUGCCCACCUGACAGAACUGACGGACGAUCAGGCAAAAUACCUGGGACUCAACAAAAACGGGCCUUUCAAACCCAAUUACUACAGGCCUCCUCGGUUUGGGGUCUGCCCCCCUCCAGCCCUGCCCCUUCCUGCCCCUCCUAACAUGGCGGCCCGAAG